AUGAUAAGGGCCAAUAUACAAGAGGAUUCGGAAGCAACCAUGGCAAGAUUUCUUAAUGGAUUAAAUCCUGAAAUUCGGAAGAAGGUUGAGCUUCAAGACCACUUUGAGCUACAACAAAUGGUGUCUUAUGCAGAGAAGGUGGAAAGGCAAGCCUUACCUAUAAAGACACCUAGUGGCCGAACCACUACAUCCUCUUCCACACCUUGGAGACGAGAUCAAUUGCCAACAUCCAAUGCUUGGCCAAGGCAAGGCAAUAAAGAAAGGGAAAACAGGCGAAUGGAGCAACCGUUCCAUCCGAGUGCAACUCCUUCUAAACCAACCUCGCGACCAACUCUUCCAAGGACAAAUACGUCUACCAACCAGCCAAAGGCAUGUUUCAAAUGCAAGGGAAUUGGCCACCUCAUGGCUCAAUGCCCUAACCGAAGCAUCAUGUACAUGAAUGAAGAGGGAAUGUGGCAAAGCGAAGGAGAGGAGGAAUAUGCGGACAUGCCACCACUUGAAGAAGAGGGGAAGGAUGCUGACCUGAUUGAAAUAGAAGAGGACCCCGUGGCUCGAACUAUGGUGACUAUGAGAGUGCUAAAUGCACAAGCUCAAGAAGAUGAUCUCCAACGGACCAACAUUUUUCAUACGAGAUGCAAAAUUGAAGAUGAGUUGCAGGAAUUCAAGGAUGUGUUUCCGGAGGAACUACCAAAAGGAUUACCUCCAAUUCGAGGUAUCGAACAUCAAAUCGACUUUGUUCCUGGAGCAAUUCUCCCAAAUCGACCAGCCUAUAGAGCAAAUCCGGAGGAAACAAAGGAAAUCCAAAGGCAAGUCGAUUCCCUCCUUGAAAAGGACCAGGUACGUGAAUCUCUUAGUCCUUGUGCAGUCCCAGUCAUUUUAGUGCCUAAGAAAGAAGGGACUUGGAGAAUGUGUACGGAUUGUCGUGCAAUUAAUAAAAUUACUGUUAAGUAUCGUCAUCCUAUUCCUAGGUUAGAUGAUAUGUUAGAAGAAUUGCAUGGGGCAAUCAUUUUCACUAAAAUUGACUUAAGAUCUGGUUAUCAUCAAAUAAGGAUAAAGGAAGGAGACGAAUGGAAAACUGCUUUCAAAACAAAGUAUGGUCUUUAUGAGUGGCUUGUGAUGCCUUUCGGCUUAACAAACGCUCCAAGUACUUUCAUGAGGUUAAUGAACCAUGUUUUAAGGAAUUUCCUUGGAUAUAUUGUUGGUGCAAAUGGCAUACGUGUUGAUCCCGCCAAGGUAAAUGCCAUCUUAGAGUGGCCGACUCCAACCAAUGGUCAGGGAAAGUUGCAUAAAAGGCAUGCGAAGUGGAUUGCAUUUAUUGAUUCCUUUCCGUACAUCAUUAAGUAUAAGAAGGGGAAAGAUAAUGUCGUUGCGGAUGCAUUGUCUAGGAGGUAUACUUUGAUCACUAACAUGAGCACUAAGCUACUUGGUUUUGAGCACAUUAAAAACAUGUAUGCACAUGAUGACGAUUUUUCUAAUGUGUUUCAAGCUUGUGAACAUGCCGCAUUUCAAAAGUACUAUAGGCAUGAAGGUUUCUUGUUUAAAGAAAAUCGCCUAUGUAUUCCCAAUUGUUCGCUUAGGGAAUUACUUGUUAGAGAAGCUCAUGAUGGAGGGUUGAUGGGACAUUUCGGUAUUGAUAAAACUCUUGACAUUUUGCAUGAACAUUUUUAUUGGCCUAAAAUGAGGCAUGGUGUCAAAAAGGCAGAGGCUGCUAGGACCUUGCAUGAGAAAGUUCGAGCUCAAAUAGAGAAGAAAAAUGCGCAAUAUGCACAACAUGCGAAUAAGGGUAGAAAACAUGUUGUAUUCGAACCCGGUGAUUGGGUCUGGGUGCACAUGCGGAAGGAAAGGUUUCCUGCAUCUCGACGGACCAAGUUACAUCCAAGAGGAGAUGGACCUUUUCGUACUUUGAAGAUUCGGGGACGAAUCCUUUCGAAGGGGGAGGGAAUGAUAAGGAUACGGGCGCACAACAACUCCAACCUUGGGUCAAGGACCCUUUGA